CGUUCGAACCAUGGUUCUGGACCGAACCGCGGCAGCACUAAUCAGGACCGACGACAAGCAUCAUCGAGGUUUUGUGAGCGAUCCGUGUGGCAGACUGCUCUGCCCAGCCGAAUGGUGUUGGGAGGACCCGGCCGUCAGGACCGGCAUUCGUGACCGCACAAUCGCCUUCAUUGUCUCUGAAAAUUCUUGGCCGUCGUUCAUGUACGAAAACUACAAAGCUGAUGCUAAUAAUCUAGAGUGCGGUCUUAUGAAGUCGCGGUUGUUGGUCAUGGGAUUCAAGGCCAUCUUUACUUCGCCCUCUUCCGCUAAUGAAGUGGACGGUGAAGGUAAUGGUGCUGAUAUCAUUGAAAAUAACCGACGUGCCCGGAAGCGAUCGGAUCAAGCUAAAGUCAAGACAUGUGUGGCCUCCAUUAUAGGCAUGAGGAAAGUAACACCUCGCGCGAUCGCAUAUGCAGCUUGCCAGAUUCGAUUCGCACUUUCCAGUAUCAACUCCUGGCGCACCAUAGACGGUGACUUUGACUAUCAAAUCUUCUGGAACAACAUCGUUGAUUUUUUUGAGGACGCCCCGGGUCCCGCUGCACGAACUAGGGUGAAUGAGCUACUCGAGUGGUGGACAAGAAAAGUUUUUGGAAGGAAUCAUCGUCAAGACUUGACACAGGACGUUAUUACCCAGAUGUCUGUGAGCGCUCUCGCUGCCCAGAGACUGCGGAUGGAGGACACUGCAUUCGACUCGGACUAGUUGUUUGGUAAAUUUUGCCUGCCCGUCUCAUCUACAUUACUAUAUGUUACUAAGAUACUUAAAAUGUGUAUAUGGAAUGAAAAUAUGCCCACUUUCUGAAGUCAGAUAUACGAAGAUUGCUGUGAUGCUCUAUGAAAUAUUGCUCUAAAUAACCCGAUUCGUGGAUCGAUGAAGCAGCAGUGCGUCAAUUGUCAAAUACAAAUAUUCCCGAC